GCUCCAGAGGAUUGGCGUCACUUGAUCGAUGAUGUAUGGGCCACUGACAAGCACAAGAGGAAGUCAGCAGCCGGAAUAAAAAAUAGGGGACGGUUGGGUCUCGGUGGUCAUUGUUCGGGGUCUCGAUCAUUUGUUGCAGGGAUGACUACACCGCCGGAGGAUAAUGGAUAUGCAAACCUUGAAUUUCCAGAAUUCUAUGAGAAAAUGCAUACCAAGAAGGAUAAUACUUGGAUUGAUGAUAUUUGCGCUGCCAACCACUCAAAGAUGCUUAGCCAACGAGAAGAAUCUUCUCAGUCCGGUGUACAGUGGACACCCGAAGGGAUGUCUGGAGAUGUGCUUGGGAAGAGGAAGAGGUACAUACUUGGAUUUGGGGUCGGCCCGAAGCCCACUUCCUCUUCUUCAAAAACUGAUAUUGCGUCACAGGCACGAGAUGAAGAACUACAGAACUAUAAAGCAAAUAUGGAGAAAAUAGAGAUGGAGCGUGAGGAGGAGAAGAGAGAGCGUGAGCAGGAAAGGAGGGAGCGUGAGCAUGAGAGGAGAGAGCGCGAGGAAGAGAAGAGACAACGUGAGGAAGAGAGGAGAGAGUAUGAGGCAGUGCAGAAAAAGAUGGCUGAUCGUCUACUUCUGUUGGAGGAAAAGACACAAGCACAUAGUUCACCUACCCAUCGUGGAGGGCAAUUCAUCACUUCCACUUCUACUAGGAGAGAGAGUGAGAAACAGAGGAGACAACAAGAGGUGGUGCAGAAAAAUAAGGAAGAUCUUGUACUUAUAUGGCAGGAAAAUUCAAAAGCACUUGGUCCACGUAUCAAUCAUGGAGGGCACAUCUCUUCCACUUCUACUAGUGGUAGGAGGGCACAUUGAUGGAUAACAGUGAACUUCCCCACAGCUCAAGUAUACUUUUUUGGCACAUUGAUGCUUUUUGUUCGGACGACGAGAUCACGAUAAACUUCACAGCUCGAGUAUUACUUUUUGGCAUGUGGAUGCUUUUGGUUGGGAAUGCGACUAUUUGGAGAAGAACCUUAUAUAUUAUAUUACAAAGAUUUAGGUUAUUUCGAGGGUAUAUGUAUAAUACUGAUGGUUAUUGCACUAUGGUUAGGCAUAGUUGAAUAUUGUGUAUUAUGGCAAUGGUUAUGAUUUUGGAUUUUAUAUAUAUGAUGGUUAAAGCAUAGAUUGUAAUUUUCAUCCUUUGGUUGGGCAUUUUGGAGGUGCUAUUUGGAGGAACAAGUAGUUGCAGUAAAUGCACAGGUUACAGGGGACUUUCUAUGAGAAGAAAAAAUUAUUGA